GACGACGACGACGACGACGACGACGACGACGAGGACGACGAGUCGCAUUAGAUCGGUGGCGCGUUUAUCCGAGCGCGUUCUCUACGAUUUAUACCGCGUAUCGUUAGUCGCUUCCUAACGGUAAGUAAACUCGAAAAGGACAGACGAUAGAUAGGCGUGCGGUUUCUUCAUAGUGGUGAAAAUCGUCAGUGAUCCGUGGUUCUUAGUGACGGUAGAGAUCGGUCCGAGCGCGUAGUUCGGGGUUAACGGAGGACGCGCGUUCGAACGUAGAAAAGGGAGACGCGAUCGUACACUCGUCUUUCAAAUAAGCAAAUAGCGUCUUGUCCCGAUGAGGGGGGAUUCAGCGAGACCGGGUAAACGGCCGCUACGCGCGCUCUCGGCGUCCGAGAAGAUGGAUGCGAUACAGAGGGUCCACGAGGGCGAGAGCAAAGCCUCGGUGGCCAGAGACAUCGGGGUCCCAGAGUCGACCCUUCGCGGAUGGUGCAAGUCCGAGCACAAGAUCCGAGGAAUGGCAAGGAAUUCCUCGACGCCGGACAGCGAAGUGCACUCGCCGGCCUCGUCCUCCGGCACGAACAACAUCAACCCUGGAAACAUACCCGCUGGUGGAUCAGCCAACGUUUCCAGCGAGGACGAGAGUCCUUGCGUGAAGAGGCCGAAACUGGACCAACAAACGUCCAUGACGGCCACCGGCAGUUCGUCCUUCCUGACGAACGACAUUUGCCUCGACAUAAACGACGGCAAACAACAGCAACAUCAGCCCGACAACAAGCACAAAAUAGAUUACGUCGGGCUUAUGACGAGUAUGGCCAAUAUGAGGCCAGAAAACAGUUCGUUGCUGCUUCAGCAACUGGGCCUUUUGUCGGGCGCGACCGGUAGCCUGGCAAAAAAUCUUCUCGGAAUGACGGCGGCCGGUCUUUCGCACGGUAGCACCGUCGGCCUCGUCGAGAACGGCCUCCAAUACACAAAGAGCACCGCGACCAAUAUGCUCUCUGGAUGCAACGGCGGUGUCGGUGUUAUCGGCGGCGGCGGUAGCGGCGGCAGCGGCGGUCUCAGUGGUGGUAGCAGCAGCAACGCCGGAAAGAGACACAGCAUCUCGGCGAUAGCUCCGGCGCAGAUGGACUCCGUCGCCAAAUCUUGCACGAGGAAGAUUUUGCCACCGGCAGCGGAGGCACCAUCGACUCCCGUUCCUGCUUCCCCAAGAAAAACCAAUGAUAACGUCGGUAGCAGCGGUAGCGGUAUCUGCGGUAUCAGCGUUCAACGUACAAAGGCGAAAAAGGAGAACGUUAUUACUACCGGGCCCGGUAUGUGCGGCAGCUCGACGACCACCGCGAGCAAUAACAAGAGGAUCGACGAUGCCCUCUGGCUGUGGCUAACGCAGCAACAACAACUCCUGGGACAACAAUCGGCCGCGUUCAAUCCCAGUAUCAAUCAACAAGACGGCUCGUGGUUCUGGCAAUGGUACAAGCAGUGCAGCUUUCCAUUGCUCGCGUCUACGCAAACGCCGACGCCUAUCGCGGCCAGCACAGCUGCCAGAAGAUCGCCGAGCAGAGCUAAGGCCCUUCUCGACAACGUCCUUUCCCACAACAACAACAACAACAACAACAACAACAACAACGACCUGGAGAAAGCGAGGCGCGGUAUCAACCACGAGGAGGAAGGAAUCGAUUCCGUCGCGGAGGACGUGCCACGGAGCUCCGAGGAGGCGAUCGAGCACGCCGAAAAGUUCCUUAGGUGGUUGGAUAGAUGUUCUGAACCCUCCGUCACGAGGCUUCAGGUCUUGCAAUUUAAAUAUCUCUUGGACAAAUUGAAGGCGUGUAGAAAGAAAUCGUCUAGUUUAAAGCAUAGCAGAAAGUAGGCGAGCGCGCGGCACUCUGUGAUGCUAAAUAUAUAAUCUUAAGAAAGAACGUGUGUGUGCGUGCGUGCGUUGCGUGUGUGAGCGAGAAAGAGAGGAUGAGAGAGAGAGAGAGAGAGAGCGAGAGCGAGCGGGCGCGAGAAAGAGAGGGAGAGCAGUAGGAGCGUGUAAAGGACGCGAGCGCGCGACGAAUCGAGUAGAACGAACGGGGACCGCGAUGGAGGGUGACACGAGGUGGGGGGAGGAGGGGGAAGGGUGUCGGGCGCGCGGUUGCAAAGAGACGAAGAAGGAUGGAUUCCAGCUUCUAUUCCGCGAAGUCCCAUUCGGCGAACGGCGACGAUAAGCCUCGCGCGCCGAUAGCUCGCGGCUUCUCUGCGAGAGCGGUAGAAACGAACGAGAGAGCGUAAUCGGAGAAGUAUGUAAUAUUAAAAAAGAUAAAAAUAAUAAUAAUAAUAAUAAUAAUAAAAAUAGAGUCGGAAACAAAAGUAGAGAGAAAAAGAAGAAAGACGCGAAAAGAGGAGUCGUUCGAGAAAUCGAAAUGAGAGGAAAUAGAAAAGCGAGGAGAGAGAGAAGAGAGCAACGCGUAAGCAGAGAGAGAGAGUUCCGUACACCGCACCGUUGCAGCGGCGUGUGCCGACGAUUCGUGUCUCGCGCGGUAGUAAAUAAUGCCAUGUGUAAACGUGGUUACGCUGGCUCGGGGGAGGUCCUCCUCCGUGGAAUAGCACAUGCGCUCACAGAGAGUAAUAAAGAACUUUUUUAUGAAUGAAACAACUCGGUCGGCCGGUCCCUCCGCCCCACCACUCCGGCGACGUCGGCGGCGGCGGCGGUGGCGGCGGCGGCGGCGGCGGUGGCAGAACGGCACAACGAGAACCACCACGAGCUGCGCCUCCUCCUCCUCCUCCUCUUUCCCCCUCUUCUUCUUCUUCUUCUUGCCUCCUCCACCACCACCCCCUUCGUCUCACGGCGGCACUAGCGCGAGUAAAACGGCUCGACACGUUGCUACUACUCCACCGCUCCUCUCUUCUCCUCUUCUCUUCUCUCUUCUCUUCUCUUCUCUUCUCUUCUCUUCUCUUCUCUUCUCUUCUCUUCGCGACCGCACACGACACACCAGCCAAUCCGAAGUACGCGCGGGAAACGUUAUUAUUGCUGCACCACGAGGAGAAACGCCGGUCGCCGAGCGUGGCGCAAGCAGUCGGAAAGACAGACAGAACGAAACGAAACGAAACGAACGAAUAUAACGAAUAUAAACCACCUCGCUCGCCUUUCUUCCCUCGCACCAUCAUCAUCAUCAUCAUCAUCAUCAUCAUCAUCUUCCACCUCCUCCUCCUCUACGUUUCUUUCUUCCUACAUCCUUACGAUACCUUGUACCAAACCUCUUUCUUCUUCGUUUUCUUUUAUGAAGCGAACAAACCAUGCACGUACGCAUGCACGUCGUACAUGAUUUUUUUUAUCUCUCUCUCUCUCUCUGUCCCUCCCUCUCCCUCUUUCCAUACACGGUGAAACGCUCUGUUCGUUUUCGGAGGAAACGCGAAAAAAAAAAGACCGAAAGAAGGAAGAGGAGAAAGAAAGAAAGAGAGAGAGGAGGCGAAGAGACAAGAGACGGCAGAGAGACAGAGAAAAUGUUAAAAAGAUAGAGAGAGGAAAGAAAAGAAGACACGCGCGCUCUAUACGAAAGGACGGGUGUCAAGGACAAACGGGCGAUGGCGCGCGGACUCGCUUCGUGAAUCUCUCGAUUUACUAUCGCACGCUCGCUCGUUCGCUCUCUCUUUCUCUCUCUUCCUCUCCCUCUUUCUCUACAUCUCCCUUUUCCCUUCUGCUCCUCUCUCGGCCUAUCCAAGAAGCGUAACGCGAUCGCCAAAGAUCCUCGAGGCGACGUAAAUUCUUUUCUCCGUUCUUAAUAUUCUCUCCUCGGUCGCGCUCCGUCACGCGACGCUUCUUUUUCCUGCGCUUUUAAACUCCUUCGACUUGUGUACCUUCUUUCUCUUUCUUUUCUUUUUCUCUUUCUUCUUUUUCUUCUCUCGUUUUACUAUUUUUUUUUCUUUCUUUUCCUUUUUUUCCCCCCCUGUUCCUUUUUGUUUCUUUUUUUCCGAUAACGCCUGGAGGAGGCUUCCAACGCGAGAUAAACGCCGUUCGUUUUUUUUUUUUUUUCCUUUUGUUCUUAUCGACGUUCCGUCUUUCGAAUAAUUUAAUAUGCACUAACACGCUCGUUUCUCCACUUAGUUACCUUUCCCUUAGAUAAUCGGACCGAAAUCAAAAUACAUCUAGAUCGUAAUAUGAUCCGUUUAUUCCCUUUCUAUCGAAAGAUUGUAAAUAAGAGAAUAUACCAAAUUUCCUGAAUAUGGACUGUUGUAAUUAAGAUUUAAUAUGAUAUAUCGACUCUCUAGACAAAGUAUUAUCGAUCGAUCUAUUGUUUAUCGUUCGCUUAACGUGUAAGUUUUACGUGCGUUCUACGCGAGGGUGCAAAAAAGAGAGAAAGAAAAAGCCGUGCUCUCUUUUCCAAAUUAAAAGAAGUGUGAAUGACUUCUCGAAGUAAACAAUAUAUAUAUAUGUGUAUAUAUAUAUAUGUGCAUGUAUAUAUAU